CCUGGUUUCAACAGAGGAAUAUGUGUUCUGUGCUGAGUUCUCGUUGAAUCCAGCAUCUUCUGAUGAGGCCGAUUGUGAGAUCUGUACCCGGGAGGUAUCAUGCUGUGCCAUCAUCCAUGAUGUUGACAGAUUGUCAGAAGAUGAAUGGCGGCUUCGAUUGGCUUUGUUAUAACAGCCUCACACCUCAGGCUUUCUUGUCAUCAGUAUACCUUCCCACACAUACCCAUUGUUUAUACAUAUCACUUCAAUCUUGGGGAUUCAGAAGAUAGGUACCUACCACAAGUCCAACAACUCGUAACAGCACCAACCUCACAAGAUGUUUCUCCGCAAAACACGCCGAAAAGUACCCCUCAAACCCCCUCACCUCCGCCCACCUCCUCAAAGCUCCUACCGCAAACUCCCCCUCUACCUCACCCUCUCCCUCUGCCUCAUAGCCCUCAUCAUCUUCCCCCUCGCCAUCCUCCCCGUAGCCUCGGCCAAAUCCACCGUCUCCAAUGAACCCGCCCCAGGAGAACCCAUCAUCGGCAUCGACCUCGGCACCACCUUCUCCUGCGUGGGCGUCAUGAAAGAUGGCAAAGUUGACAUCAUCGCCAACGACCAAGGAAGCCGAAUCACACCAAGCUACGUAGCCUGGACCGAAGAAGGGGAAAGGUUGGUGGGCGAGGGGGCCAAGAACCAAUUUGCGAGCAACCCCAGGAACACGAUAUUUGAUAUCAAGCGGUUGAUCGGGAGGUCGUUUUCAGACAAGGGGGUGCAGGAGGAUGCGAAACAUAUGCCUUUUACCGUUAAGAAGAGCGGGACGGGUGGUCCGGUGGUGGAGGUUGACGUUUCUGGACAAGGGGACAUGAAGACGUUUACGCCGGAGGAAAUCAGUGCGAUGGUGCUGGGAAAGAUGAAGGAGGUUGCCGAGGGGUUUCUUGGUGUGCCAGUCAAACACGCCGUGGUCACCGUCCCGGCCUAUUUCAGCGACAAACAACGCCAGGCGACCAAAGACGCAGGCCUCAUCGCCGGCCUCAACAUCGUUCGUGUCAUCAACGAGCCCACCGCCGCCGCUUUAGCCUACGGCAUCGACAAAGUCGACGGCGAACGCACCAUCCUCGUCUACGACCUCGGAGGCGGCACAUUUGACGUCUCGUUGCUUCAGCUCGAGGACGGUGUGUUUGAAGUCUUGUCAACAGCAGGCGACACAAGACUGGGCGGCGAGGAUUUCGACAACAAAGUCAUCAGGCACCUCGCUACCCAGUUCUCCAAGGCCAAUGGUGGAGCCGAUGUGACGAACGACGUCAAAGCGAUGGGCAAGCUGAAGAGGGAGGCUGAGAAAGCCAAACGGACGCUGAGCUCGCAGAUGAGUGCUAGGGUUGAGAUUGAGGGGUUGCACAAGGGAUUGGACUUUGAGUACACGCUCACCAGGGCCAAUUUUGAGGAGUUGAAUAUGGCCAUGUUCAAGAAGACGCUGAAGACGGUGGAGCAGGCGCUGAAAGAUGCAAAGGUUGACAAGAAGGAUGUGACUGAUAUCGUGAUGGUGGGAGGGUCGACGAGGAUUCCAAAGAUUCGCGAGCUGGUCGAGGCGUACUUUGGGAAGAAGGUUAGCCUGGGGGUUAAUCCCGAUGAGGCUGUUGCUCAUGGAGCUGCGCUGCAGGGCGGUGUAAGCGUUCACAUUUCAAAGCCACAAGGGAAAGAUGGCUAUUUUGGACAUUACCCCCCUCACGCUGGGUAUCGAGACCACAGGAGGAGUCAUGUCCUCAGAACUCAUGGCAGCCUCUCCGUCUCACUAACCGGGCCGCAGAAAAAAUCCCAAAUUUUUUCAACAGCAGCGGACAAUCAAAACGUUGUUCAGAUCAAGGUCUACGAGGGCGAGCGCGCACUGACCAAGGACAACAACCUCCUGGGCAAAUUCGAACUCACCGGCAUCCCACCAGCACCAAGAGGUGUCCCCCAGAUCGAGGUCUCGUUUACAAUUGACGUCAAUGGUAUCUUGGAAGUCACCGCCCACGACAAGGGUACCGGGAAGGCAGAGAGCGUUACGAUUACCAACGACCGAGGACGGCUGUCUGCCGAGGAAAUCGAGCGUUUGAUCUUGGAGGCCGAGGGGUAUGCCGAGAAAGAUAAGAAGAUUCGAGAGCGGAUCGAAGCCAGAAAUGGGCUUGAGAACUACGCUUUUAGCCUCAAGAAUCAGGUGAAUGAUGAACAGGGCAUGGGUGGCAGGAUUGAUGGUGAUGAUAAGAAUACUAUUAUGGAUGCCCUGAGCGAGGCGAUGGGUUGGUUGGAUGAGAAUGCCGCUACGGCGACGGCGGAGGACUUUGAAGAACAGAAGGAAAGGCUGUCGAAUGUGGCUUAUCCCAUCACCAGCAAACUGUACGCCGAGUCUGGCGGUAGUGGUGCUGGCUACGAUGACGAGCCGGAUAUUCAUGAUGAGUUGUAGAUAUGUACUUGGAACUGUGUUUUGACCGGGUACCAGUUCCAUGCUGGUCAGGAUGGAUAUCGAACAGAGACCUGGUUAGGACCAGAUUACCGUAGCUAUCCAUCAAACAGACCGAGUUUCACAG